AUGCUGUUUCCCGAAGAGGAUGCGCUGCUGCUCAAGGCGUGGAUCGUCCAGCGCAUUGAGGAUACUUCUGAUGCCGAUGCUGAUGUCCUCGCUGAGUACGUCAUUGCUCUUCUAAAACACGAUGGUGACGCAGACGCGGUGCGGAAGCUCUGCGAACAAGAAAUUCCAGACUUUUUGAGCGAAGACCCAAAAGCCUUUCUCGACGACGUUUUCCAAGCCAUCGCAUACAAAUCCUACCUCCCUGGCGCUCCUCCAGCUCCAAAGAUUGGCGUCAAGCCAGAAACAAUACAACAACCGUUCGCCGAGACCUCGCCGCCAAAUGGAUCGAAAAAGAGGGGCUAUCACGAUCGCGAAGAAUACGAUCCUCAAUCCGGGUACGAAGCCUUCAAUCAGGAUGGUCGCGCACAGAAACAGGCUCGUCGAGGCGGGCGCGGAGGACGAGGUGAUGAUAUGAGGGGAGGACAUGCUGGUGGGUUCAUGCACAACCUGCCUCCGCGACCCGAUAUGCCCUUCGAUCCCAAAGUCAUGGAGGCUUUUCUACAGAUGGGUUCCAUGGGAAUCCCCUACCCAGGCAUGCCCAACUUUCCUCAACAGGGCUUUGGCGGUAAGAGCCAGUCACGAAAAAGAGGCCGAUGCCGCGAUUUCGAUACCAAAGGGUUCUGUUCUCGUGGAAGCACAUGCCCCUACGACCAUGGAAACGAGUCAAUAUUUAUGCCUUCAGGUAAUGAUGAGUACGAUCCUAACGAUCCAUUCACCAUGUUAGCAAACGCACCCAAUUCUAUGAAUCCUUGGUCAUUUCCGCCUGAUGCCAACCGUGGUGGGCGAGGAGGUCGUCGCGGCCGUGGCUCCAAGAAGGGUGGCGCGCGAGCUCCUUUUUCUGCUGACGGACCUAAUCAUGAUCGAUCCAAGAGCACCAUCGUUAUUGAGAAUAUACCUGAAGAGAGUUUCAGCGAGGACCAAGUGCGCGAGUUUUUCUCUCAAUUCGGUAAUAUUCAGGAGGUUUCUAUGCAACCAUACAAGCACUUGGCAAUUGUCAAAUACGACAAAUGGGGGCCAGCCAAUGCGGCAUAUCAAUCACCGAAAGUGAUAUUCGACAACCGAUUUGUGAAGGUAUUCUGGUACAAAGACAAGGCCGACGCGCUACCACCUUCGGCACCAAUGCAGGGAGGGAACUGGUCCGGCGACCCAAUGGCGACAGAAGAAGAUGAACAAGAGCCCGAAAUCGACAUGGAGGAGUUCCAGCGAAAACAAGAAGAGGAGCAACGAAAACACCAUGAGCGCGAGGCCAAGCGCGCCGAGAUAGAGCAAAAGCGACAAGAGAUAGAAAAGCAACAUCAUGAUCUCCUUGCACGUCACCGCGAGGAAAACGAGAAACUCCAGGCAAGACUCGCUGGCAAGAAAGGCCAAGAAGGAGAAGGAGGUUCAUCAGGAACAAAUAUGCUGCGUGCCAAACUUGCAGCUCUUGAGCGAGAGGCUAAGCUGCUUGGCCUUGACCCUAACGCUGAGGAGGACGCGAGUCCAUCUUGGCAUCCUCGCGGUGGCUACCGUGGCCGAGGAACUUAUCGUGGUCGGGGCUUCGCUCCCAGAGGAAGAGGAAGUUACAGGGGUCGUGGAGGUGGAAGCGGAGGAAACAUGCACGCUGCGUACGCACAAUACUCAAUCGACAACCGACCCAAGAAGCUCGCUAUCAAAGGCGUGGAUUUCACGGCGCCUGACAAGGAUGAGAUGCUGCGUCACUUCCUCCUUAAUCUGGGCGAAUUUGAGUCAGUUGACACAGGUCCUAAAGUCACACACGUCUCUUUUCAGGACCGCAAAACGGCAGAGAAGUUCUAUUACAGUCUUCAUGGCAAGGACCUGCCCGGAGUUGAGGGUCGCCUGGAACUUGCAUGGGUAAGCACGCCUCUGCCGCCUGUUAAGACGAGGAGCAACGACGAUGGGCCGGGCGAUGGUGGAGACGACAAAGAAGAUGAUGCCAUGGCGGGUUUUGAUGACCAGCCUAAGCGAGAGAGAAGUGCUGAGCCACAGCCUGAGGAUAGGGCAGUAAAUAUGGAUUACGAAGUGGCGGAGGAGGAUGCAUGGUGA